AUGGCUAGUGAGGAGAGUUUCCUAGUUCUGGUACAUUACAGAGGGUCGAUUAAGAGAAAAACUCGGUCCGGCGUGAAGUUCACUGAUAAGGAUCCCCUAUGUAUUAUCGUGACGCCGACAACCACCUACGAUGCACUUGUUAGCUCUGUGCUGGAGAAGCUGGGUCUUGAAGGCGUUAAAAGGGUCAAGAAGUUUUUCUACCGCAUUCCAACAGCGGUGCUCCAUGACACCGUGAAGUUUGAUUGUUUCACAAUCGGUAGUGACGAGGACUUGCAGAUUAUGUUUCUUUGUCGUAGGCAGUUUCCCGAGGUAAGGACACCAGAGCUGUUGGCAAAGUUGGUUGAUGUGGUACUGACUGAAGUACAGUGUCCUCCUCCGGCUGGUGUUGGCGAGGGAUUGUGUGAUGAUCCAGAUGAUGAUGAAGUCGAGCCGGAUAUUAUCGCUGAUGAAAGCGGCGAUGAUGUUGGAACUACUGUUCCGACAAGGGCUACAGGUGGAUCUAGUUCUGGGACACAGCAGUAUCCACCCCAUUUUUCGUCGUUGGACCUGGAUGCCAUGCGGCAGGACGACAAUGCUCUGCAGGCCUCAGGAUUUGGUGCUAGAGAUACCGAGGGGUCUGCCGGUAUGAAUGAGUUCCAGACGUACAGUAUCCGCCGAGGGGUCCAGUACAAGGUCGUUGAGUCUGACUACCGCAGGUAUGUGGGAAAGUGUUCUGAGUUUGGGAAUGGGUGCACAUGGCUAAUUCGGUUGAGUAUCCGACAGCGGAAGGGUAUCUGGGAAGUGAAGCGAUACAACGGACCGCAUACAUGUCUUGCCAGCUCCAUCUCCAGCGACCAUAGGAGUCUGGACUACCAUGUCAUAUCCACCUUCAUUAUGCCGAUGGUUAGGGCUGAUGCAGCUGUGAACAUCAAGGUGCUUCAAAAUGCCACGGCCUCACACUUUGGGUUCAGCCCUACGUACAGGAGGGUAUGGAUGGCGAAGCAGAAGGCCGUUGCCGUCAUAUAUGGGGACUGGGACGAGUCGUACAAUGAGCUCCCUAGGUGGGUUUUAGGAGUUCAGCUGACGAUGCCUGGCACUGUAGCCGUCCUCAGGACUUGCCCUGUUCGAGUUGGGGGACAGGUUGACGAUUCUCAGGUUUAUUUUCAUAGGCUGUUCUGGACUUUCCCCCCUUGUAUCCAGGCAUUCCGUCAUUGCAAGCCUUUGGUGAGUAUUGAUGGCACCCAUUUAUAUGGGAAGUAUGGGGGAAAACUGCUAGUCGCCAUUGCACAAGACGGAAACUCGAACAUCCUCCCCGUGGCAUUUGCACUAGUUGAGGGUGAGAAUGCUGAGUCAUGGUCUUUCUUUCAUUCCCACCUCCGUGAGCACGUGACACCUCAGCCGGGUCUGUUAGUUAUUUCAGAUAGGCAUAACGGCAUCAAGGCAGCCCUCGAGGCUCCGGAUGGGGGAUGGCUACCGCCUGCUGCGUACCGGGCGUUCUGCAUUCGACACGUUGCAGCGAAUUUUGCCUUGACGUUCAAGGGAAAAGAUGCCCGGAGGCUUCUUGUUAACGCCGCAUAUGCCAAGACCGAGGUGGAGUUCGAUUACUGGUUUGACAUUCUGCACUCUGAGAAUCCGGCAAUGUGUGACUGGGCGAACCGAAUCGAGUAUUCGUUGUGGACACAGCACUAUGAUGAGGGUCGGAGAUUCGGGCACAUGACGACCAAUAUUUCGGAAUGUGUCAACUCAAUCCUGAAGGGGGUUAGAAACCUCCCUGUAUGCUCCCUGGUGAAGGCCACAUACGGAAGGCUUGCUGAGCUAUUUGUCCGUAAGGGGAGGGAGGCCGAGGCUCAGAUGGGUACUGGACAACAAUUCAGUCAAUACCUAGUAAAGUGUAUCGAGGCCAACCUGAGGACAGCCAGGCACUUCACGGUCACUGUUUACGACAGGGAUAACUCGGAGUACACCGUUGCUGAGACGACUCCGACAGGUUCAUUCUCUCUUGGUACGUACAGGGUCUCAUUAGGGUCUAAGACUUGUGAUUGUGGAUACUUCCAAGCACUUCAUUUUCCCUGUCCGCACGCACUGGCAUGCUGUGCGUAUUCACGGCUUACAUGGCAGCCUUACGUCCACGAGGUAUAUCGCCUUAGCUCCGUUUUCGGUGUCUAUCAGAUGGGAUUUGCCCCUCCCAUUCCGGAGGGUUUCUGGCCACCUUAUGCCGGGCCUACCGUUAUACCGGAUCCGAGUAUGAGGCGUGCGAGGGAGGGUCGUCCUAGAUCCACCAGAAUUCGAACCAACAUGGAUGAAGCAGAUCCGAACCGGCCAAAGAGAUGUGGCCUCUGCAGGCAGCCAGGUCACACCAAGCGUAGUUGUCCACAAGCCGCAGGCCCCAGCCGGACUGCUGCAAAUCAGUAG